AAUCGAUAAUCCUGUAUUAAAUUUUCCACGAGAUGAAAAUUGCUCAGUUUUGCAUAUUUUAUGGUUUUUCUCCUACACAAAAAAACGCUGUCUGUAUUUAAUACUGUACAAUAUGUUGCAUUAGUGUAUUUUCAUAAUUUAUAAUUUCAAAACUGGCAACACUAAUAAUUUCUAACAAAACAGACGAUAUAAAAAAUUUGAAUUCGUGACGUAAAGACGAUCGAAAUAUAAAUAGAAAGAAAGAAAGAAAGAAUUUUAUUUCUAUGAAAUGAUCAUACUUGAGAAUCUUAUACUCGUUUUUUAGAAGAAGAAUAACAGAAAAAAAAGCUUAAAUGGAUAUAAUUAGCAAACUGAAAAGAUAUAACGAAAGAAAAUGUAAUUAUGCAUUUUUUAUAUUACCUACGAGAUUAGUACAAGUAUCGAAAAAAGCUAAAGAAACUCAAGAUAAAGAUUUAAAUAGUCCAGAAAAAAUAAAUGAAGAAUUUCAAAAAUUAUAUAUAGAAUGGAAGGGUUUAAAAGAAGAACCAAAUGGAAUUCCAAGAUUUUAUUAUAAAAUUCCAGCUGAAGAUAACAUAUUAUUGUUGAAAUUAAGAGAAGAAUCAAGGAAUUGUGCCAUUGCCAGAAAGAAGAUUUUAACAUUUUACAUGUUGAGGUAGAUAGAAGCUUCUAAAGAAAGGUCAACUCUGCCAUGAGACAUUUUCUGAGUUGUGAAGAAAGGACAAGAAGACACUUUUAAUGUAAUGUGUUGUUUGAAAAUUUUUUUAUAAAUUUGUUAAGUUUUUAUUUUGUUGUUAUUACUAGUCAAAGGAAAUUAGUCAUAAAAUAAAAACAAUAAAUCUUAUUUAUUUAUUUAUACACUUUACAUAAUUGGAAUAGUUCAUAAAUAUCUACAAUUGAAUUACAAGGGUGGUCAUUUGAAAUUGAAACUAAAGUAAUGUCUUCUUUAGUUUCAAUUUCAUUAAUUAUUGAGGCAGAGCUUUGCUAAUGCUCUGCCUUAAUAAUUAUGUACCUUACAGAAUUAUGUUCAUUCUCAAAAUCCAUUUGAUCAAUUUUGAUUAAAUUAUGCCAUUUUCCAUUAUUUGUGAUGAGGAAUUGAAAAAUAGUAAAAAAAAAAAAAUGGGGGUCCCUGACUCCAUUUUCAAGAUAAGGUCAUUUCAUGAGUGCGCAAUGAAGCAAUAUCACACAAAUUGUAUGACUUUGUCAUGCGAUGUUUCACAGUUGCUAGCACAUCAUCUACGGGCUUAGAGAAUUGAGUUUGUUCUCAAAAUUUAAUGGGACAAUUUUUGAUAAAAUUUUGCCAUUUUUUAGUAAUUGA